AUGGAAGGUUUACUCUCAGAUGAAUCCUCAUCCCAACCAUCUCCACCGGGCCUAAGCCCGGAAAACGAAGCAGCCGUCAUGUCAAGCCCGCCACUAAUCGGGCUAAAAAAGGCAGAAAGCCCGGAAGAUACCUCGGGCCCUUCUUUACCUCCUCCCAUGCCUAGCCCAAGAAAAUCCAGCGUUGGCGGCUUAUUCCCAAACAUAGCCGAUGGGCCCAGCAUCACUUCUUCUCCAGCUUCACACCACACGAUGUGGAGAUAUGAUGAUGAUCUCGCCAGAGGCCGUGGAGGAAUGAAGGGCUGGAUGAGAUUGGGCCCAUUUGGGCCGCCUUCUGAAGCAAGGCAGUGGCGGAUAGGGCCGGGUCUAGGCAUGGGACAUGCUGACGUGGCGUACAAUGAGUUGGAUAGUGAGAGAGAUAUGGGGUCCACGGCGGGCCCACACGGGCCUAAGAAAGAUGAUGAUGAUGGGUUGAAUAUGGCGGCAACAGUGCACUGGGGACGACAACACGCCGGCCUGAGGUGUGAGCGGCGACAGAGCCGGACUCGAACCGGCACCGGCCGGCGGCGCCGCAGACUCCCCGCCCGAGCUCGCCACCGCCACCGCCGCCGCCGGAGGCCGGGUUCGGGCCGCGGCGCUCUCCUGCGCCAGCGCCUCGCAGAACGCCCUGUGCCUUUACCUGGAAAACAAAGUGCCGCAAUCGCAGCGGUACUCCUUUGUCCCGCAGGUCUUCAUGUGAGCCUUCCAAUCGGACUGAACGGCGUACUUUUUGGAGCAGCGCUCGCACUUAAACCGCUUCUCGCCGUGCUUCCGGGAGAAGUGCUUCUUUAUUCCGGUGAGGUCGCCGAGGGCCCUCGAGGGGUCGUGGUGGACGCACGACGGCUCCGGGCAGACGUAGACCCGCUUCCUCGGCUCUUUGCCCGUCCUCUGCCGGAGCUUCCACGGGAGAUUGUGGCCGCGCCGGUGGAGCUGUUCUGGUCGCGCUGGAAACCCUUCCCGCAGAUCUCGCACACGAAUCUGUUGGUCGCCAUUAACGUUUUUGGGGACAGCGCGAUUACUUCAGAAUCUGGAUCUGCAAAAAAG